UUUUUUCCCUCCCGGACGGAGUCUUAUUAAUUUCUCGGUGGGGCUGCAGCUGGAGACCGCGGAGCGUUGGAAAUGACGCUCGGAGCUUUAAUUACCGCAGCCGCCGGACAAGUGUGAGGAAAGCUGACAGCAAAAAAAAAAAAAAAGACAGGAUCGGGGGUGAAGCGAGAAGCUUCCCCCCCCCCCCCGCCCCUUUCCUCCCAAUUUGGACUGGAGGUGCAAGGAAACUGAAAAGGGAGUCGAACAGAGUCCGGCUGGGGGGAGAGGCCGGAAACCUACCGCCUGUUUGCAAUCAACUUUUUUUUUUUUGGAAACCCUUUUCCGAACCCUUCCUUUUUAUUGUUGACCAACCAGGGAGAGCGAGCGAGAAAGUGAGGAGGGAGCGAGAAAGCGGAGGCUCACACAGGGCCGUAGCUGCCCGGUCCGGCUCGGAACACCGCCGCACACCCUCCAGUACACUCCCACCCGCGCGCGCCCUCCCGCGCACCCUCUCCCGGUCCUCCGGGUCCGGGCCCUAGACCCGCGGACGCGGACUCGGUCGCCCGCGCUCGGAGCCGGUGCACCGCGCGCGCCAGUGCCCCUCGCGCCCCCACGCGCGCCCGGCCGAGGGAUCUCCUCCGCGUGCCCGAAAGGGGAUUAUGCCAUUUGGACAUGUAAUUGUCAGCACUGGAUCUGAGACUUCCAAAAAAUGAAGCUGGCGACAGGACUGUGGGUCUGGGUGAGCCUUCUCGUGGCGGCGGGGACCGUCCAGCCCAGCUCUUCUCAGUCAGUGUGCGCAGGCACAGAGAAUAAACUGAGCUCUCUCUCUGACCUGGAGCAGCAGUACCGAGCCCUGCGCAAAUACUAUGAGAACUGCGAGGUCGUCAUGGGCAACCUGGAGAUUACCAGCAUCGAGCACAACCGGGACCUCUCCUUUCUGCGGUCUAUACGAGAAGUCACAGGCUACGUGUUGGUGGCUCUUAAUCAGUUUCGCUAUCUGCCUCUGGAGAACUUGCGCAUUAUCCGUGGGACAAAGCUUUAUGAGGAUCGAUAUGCCUUGGCAAUAUUUUUAAACUACAGAAAAGAUGGAAACUUUGGACUUCAAGAACUUGGACUGAAGAACUUGACUGAAAUCCUAAAUGGCGGCGUCUAUGUAGACCAGAACAAAUUUCUUUGUUAUACAGACACUAUUCAUUGGCAAGAUAUUGUUCGGAAUCCAUGGCCUUCCAACCUGACCCUGGUGUCGACAAAUGGUAGCUCAGGAUGUGGACGUUGCCAUAAGUCCUGUACGGGCCGAUGCUGGGGACCCACGGAAAAUCAUUGCCAGACUUUGACAAGGACUGUGUGUGCAGAGCAGUGUGAUGGCAGAUGCUAUGGACCCUACGUGAGUGACUGCUGUCACCGGGAGUGUGCCGGCGGCUGUUCGGGACCAAAGGACACCGACUGCUUUGCCUGCAUGAAUUUCAAUGACAGCGGAGCGUGUGUCACUCAGUGUCCACAAACUUUUGUCUACAAUCCCACUACCUUUCAACUGGAGCAUAACUUCAAUGCAAAAUACACCUAUGGAGCAUUUUGUGUCAAGAAGUGCCCACAUAACUUUGUAGUUGAUUCCAGUUCCUGUGUGCGUGCUUGUCCUAGUUCCAAGAUGGAAGUGGAAGAAAAUGGGAUUAAAAUGUGUAAACCUUGCACUGACAUUUGCCCAAAAGCAUGUGAUGGCAUUGGCACAGGAUCGUUGAUGUCAGCUCAGACCGUGGAUUCUAGUAACAUUGACAAAUUCAUAAACUGCACCAAAAUCAAUGGGAAUUUGAUCUUCCUUGUCACUGGUAUUCAUGGGGACCCUUACAAUGCAAUUGAAGCCAUAGACCCAGAAAAACUGAAUGUCUUUCGGACAGUCCGAGAGAUAACAGGUUUCUUGAACAUACAGUCAUGGCCUCCAAACAUGACCGACUUCAGUGUUUUUUCUAACUUGGUAACCAUUGGUGGAAGAGUACUCUAUAGUGGUCUUUCCUUGCUGAUCCUCAAGCAACAGGGCAUCACUUCUCUACAGUUCCAGUCCUUGAAAGAAAUCAGUGCGGGGAACAUCUACAUCACUGACAAUAGCAAUCUGUGCUAUUACCAUACCAUUAACUGGACAACACUCUUCAGCACAGUCAACCAAAGGAUAGUAAUUCGGGACAACAGGAAAGCUGAAAACUGUACUGCUGAAGGAAUGGUGUGCAACCAUCUCUGUUCAAAUGAUGGGUGUUGGGGACCUGGGCCAGACCAGUGCUUGUCAUGCCGUCGCUUCAGCAGGGGAAGAACCUGUAUAGAGUCUUGUAACCUCUAUGAUGGUGAAUUUCGGGAGUUUGAGAAUGGCUCCAUCUGUGUCGAGUGUGACCCCCAGUGUGAGAAGAUGGAAGAUGGCAUCCUCACGUGCCAUGGACCGGGACCUGACAACUGUACAAAGUGCUCCCAUUUCAAGGAUGGCCCGAACUGUGUGGAAAAAUGUCCAGAUGGCUUACAGGGGGCAAACAGUUUCAUUUUCAAGUAUGCUGAUCAAGAUCGAGAGUGCCGCCCAUGCCAUCCAAACUGCACCCAAGGGUGUAGCGGUCCCACUAGUCAUGACUGCAUUUACUACCUUUGGACGGGCCAUUCCACUUUACCACAACAUGCUAGGACUCCUCUAAUUGCAGCUGGAGUCAUUGGUGGGCUCUUCAUCCUGGUCAUUGUGGGCCUAACAUUUGCAGUUUAUGCUCGAAGGAAGAGCAUCAAAAAGAAAAGAGCCUUAAGAAGAUUCCUGGAAACAGAGCUGGUAGAACCCUUAACUCCCAGUGGCACAGCACCCAAUCAAGCUCAACUUCGUAUUUUGAAAGAAACUGAGCUCAAAAGAGUGAAAGUACUUGGCUCAGGUGCUUUUGGAACUGUUUAUAAAGGUAUUUGGGUCCCUGAAGGAGAGACAGUGAAGAUUCCUGUGGCUAUUAAGAUUCUUAAUGAAACAACUGGUCCCAAAGCCAAUGUGGAAUUUAUGGAUGAAGCCCUAAUCAUGGCGAGUAUGGACCAUCCACACUUGGUUCGAUUACUGGGUGUGUGUCUGAGCCCGACCAUUCAGCUGGUGACGCAGCUCAUGCCCCACGGCUGUCUGCUGGAUUAUGUCCACGAGCACAAGGAUAACAUCGGCUCGCAGCUGUUACUUAACUGGUGUGUCCAGAUAGCGAAGGGAAUGAUGUACCUGGAAGAAAGACGGCUUGUUCAUCGGGACUUGGCAGCCCGUAAUGUCUUAGUGAAAUCUCCAAACCAUGUGAAAAUCACAGAUUUUGGACUAGCCAGACUCUUGGAAGGAGAUGAAAAAGAGUAUAAUGCUGAUGGAGGAAAGAUGCCAAUUAAAUGGAUGGCUCUGGAGUGUAUACAUUAUAGGAAAUUCACCCAUCAGAGCGACGUUUGGAGCUAUGGAGUCACUAUAUGGGAACUGAUGACCUUUGGAGGAAAACCUUAUGAUGGAAUUCCAACCAGAGAAAUUCCGGAUUUAUUAGAGAAAGGAGAACGUUUGCCCCAGCCUCCCAUCUGCACUAUUGAUGUUUACAUGGUCAUGGUCAAAUGUUGGAUGAUUGAUGCUGACAGUAGACCUAAAUUUAAGGAACUGGCUGCUGAAUUUUCAAGGAUGGCUCGAGACCCUCAAAGAUAUCUAGUUAUUCAGGGUGAUGAUCGUAUGAAGCUUCCCAGUCCAAACGACAGCAAGUUCUUUCAGAAUCUCUUGGAUGAAGAAGAUUUAGAGGAUAUGAUGGAUGCUGAAGAAUACCUGGUCCCUCAAGCUUUCAACAUCCCUCCUCCCAUCUAUACUUCCAGAGCAAGAAUUGACUCAAAUAGGAGUGAAAUUGGACACAGCCCUCCUCCUGCCUACACCCCUAUGUCAGGAAACCAGUUUGUCUACCGAGAUGGGGGCUUCGCUGCAGAGCAAGGCGUACCCAUGCCCUACAGGGCCACCACCAGCACAAUCCCAGAAGCCCCCAUUGCUCAGGGGGCUACCGCAGAGAUCUUUGAUGACUCCUGCUGUAAUGGCACCUUACGCAAGUCCGUGGCACCCCACGUCCAAGAAGACAGCAGCACCCAGAGAUACAGCGCUGACCCCACAGUGUUUGCCCCAGAACGGAGCCCACGAGGAGAGCUGGAUGAAGAAGGUUACAUGACUCCUAUGCGAGACAAACCCAAACAAGAAUACCUGAACCCUGUGGAGGAGAACCCUUUCGUUUCUCGGAGGAAAAAUGGCGACCUUCAGGCUUUGGAUAAUCCCGAAUAUCACAGCGCUCCCAGUGGUGCACCCAAGGCAGAGGAUGAGUAUGUGAACGAGCCGCUGUACCUCAACACCUUUGCCAACGCCCUGGGGAGCGCCGAGUACCUGAAGAACAGCGUGCUCUCCGUGCCGGAGAAGGCCAAGAAAGCAUUCGACAACCCCGACUACUGGAACCACAGCCUGCCCCCUCGGAGCACCCUCCAGCACCCAGACUACCUGCAGCAGUACAGCACAAAAUAUUUUUAUAAACAAAACGGACGGAUCCGGCCUAUUGUGGCAGAGAAUCCCGAAUACCUCUCUGAGUUCUCGCUGAAGCCGGGCACUGUGCUGCCUCCGCCGCCCUACAGACACCGGAACACUGUGGUGUGAGCGCCGCAGUGGUUUCAGGUGGAGAGACACGGCCACUCUCAUUUCCCGCCGCCUCUCUUUCUCUUCUUUUCUUCCUUCUACUCCCAAGGCCAGUAGUUUUGACACUUCCCAGUGGAAGCUGUAGAGAUGCAAUGCUAAUUUCGUGCUUAUCUAACUUGAACAUUAGAAGGAAGGACUGAAAGAGAAAGAGAGGAGGAACCACACUGUUUCUUCAUUUGUCUGCAUGGGUUGGCCAGGAGACUGGAACAGCUAGAAAAGGACACGCAAAUAGGAGACAAUACUGCCUGCCAUCAAACUGGUUCUCAACGUUUCCCUUCCCUCUCCUCCCCACCCCACCCCCAUUUCUUUUCUUUUUAUUCCUUCCUUCCUUUCUUUCAAAGCAGAUGCUUGAAAGAUCCAAGCUAUCUGUUCCUAUCUGCAGGAACUGAUCCGUAUAUUUUCAGCAUCCCUGGUAAUCCUUAAGGACGUUUUCAGUAGAACAAAACGAUAACCUUUUCUAUAAUGUAUGAUAGUAACUUAAGAUUGAAAAUCCAAACUCUUUCUCCACCAGUUUCUGUCUUGACAAGCAAGAAUGGCCAACUCAGCUUUCAUGAUUUUUGAAUCUUCAUCCAAGUUAUAACCAGUAAUUAUGUUUGGGGAGCUUUUUUGUUUUAUCACUUUGUUUUGCUUUGAUCUCUCUCUUCAUAUUACUUUCUCCCUUAUCCUCAGCUUUAAUUUGUAAUUGCAAAGAUUUUUACAUCAAACCUUCUUAGGUGUUGCUAUAAAUUGAAAGAAUUGUAAAAAGAGAUAUUUUAAUACGGUGAAAUGGCCACUAUUUUAAAUAUACAGUCUUUAAAAUUAGAAGGGGAAGCCAAGGUAUUGGUCAAAUAUAACAUUAAAUCUAACUUUUGUGUUUUACAGUAUUGAAUAUGGAUUCUCCUCCCUCCAUUCCUUUAUAUUCUUCAACAUUUUCUUCCCCUCUAUGAAAGACAGUACUUGAUAGGUAGUAAUAAUAUUAAGAAUAGAAGGGAAACUAAGAGACAGUUCUGUGUGGUUCAUGAAAACUACUGACACUUUCAGGGGUGGUCCAAUGGGAAAUCCUUUGAACUGGAAGAAACACACUGGAUUGAGUAUGUCUACCUGGCGGAUACUCAGAAAUGUAGUUUGCACUUGAGCUGUAAUUUUAUUUGUUCUCUUUCUGAACUUCAUUUUGAAUUUUCAAUGAAGCAAUAUGAAAGCAACCAGCAAAAUAACGCAUUUGAGUACAUUUUUUUAAAGAGCUAAGAUAAAGAAAGACUCUGGAAAUGCCAAACCAAGCAGUUAGGAUUUUGGAACAGUAUCAGGGGAUUAUGGUAAAAGAGUCAGCACAUGUUCCACAUGUAAUAUCACAUUUUCUACAUGAGGAAAGUUGUCCAGUUUGUACACUCCAUUUGAAGGAAUGCAAGUAAGGAUUGGCUUAAAUUCCAUGGAAUUUUUAGUAUAAGACCCUUAUUUAUAUUAAGUGGAAGGUAACUUUGCACAUAAAUUGGUAUAACAAAAAGAAAUAAACAGUCACUACUUAUAGAUAGAUCCUUGGGUUAAAAGUUGUAAAUAAAUGUGAAAAAAGUUUCUCAUGUAAUUAUUUUAAUACACAACAUACUACCCUUAUGAUACUUUAUAUGAUAACUCUUUUUCUUCAGACAGCAUCCUAGUUCUAGAGCCAUCUUUAUUGUGUAUCAUUUUGAAGAAUACCUGUUGAGUUAAGAUGAGCAAUAGAAACAAAUGAUAGGGUUGAAUUUUUAGAAAAAUGGAGGCCUCAGGUCAGCAAUUAGAAAAACUGGAUAUAAAUCUGCCCCUUCUAGAAAAAUCUGCCCCAAUUUAUUUGGAAUUUUGUAAAAAAUAUUUCUUUCCAGUGAUAAGGUAUUGGGAAUUUGAAUGUAUCACCUGGUGGUGAUGGUUUAGUUGCUAAGUCGUGUCCGACUCUUGCGACCCUGUGGACUUUAACCCACCAGGCUCCUCCAUCCAUGGAAUUCUCCAAGCAAGAAUACUGGAGUGGGUUGCCAUUUCCUUCUUCAGAAUGUAUCAACUAAUUGAAAACAGACUAAAAAUCUCCAUGGGAAAGAGUAGAGAUAAAAUGACAAGAAAUCUAGGUUUCUGCCUAUUUUGAGUUAAGUCUCUCCACCCAUUCAGCUCCCUUAUUUUUCAACUCAUAUUUAUUUAUAGUCUACUAAAAUCACUGUGUUAUGUGGGGAACACCCAGAUAAAGGCAAUACUAUCCCUAACUUUAAAAUUUUACAAUUACAAUGUAUUUGGAAUGACAUUUAAUUUUUUUUGUAAUUCAAAGAAUACAAUUGCAUGGACACUUCUUUGAACAAUCGUAUAAAAUCAGCUAUUUGUUAAAAGAUCUUCUGUGAACUCAUCUGGGACAUGAGUGAAACGUCCUACAGGUUACUGAAGGUAACACAUAGGAUAGUUUCAGUGUUAUCAUCCAAACGCAAACUGGUCUAGAAGGGUAUUGUGUCACUGGCUAAGUGUCAUUUCCAGAUUCUAACUUAACCAUUAAAUCAGCAAUAGAUGUUGGUCUUUGCCCAAGAACAUUGGAGACAUUGGGAUUGAUUUCUUCCAGAGUUAUGAAAAGUGAGGGAAGCUAAAAGAAUGAGGUCGAGUAAGGAGGGGUUUUAUGAGAGCUCUUACAGUGAAGUUCAAACAUGAAUUUCCCAGGGGUGAAGACAGAAUGAUUCAGGGCCACAGCCUAAGAGCUCAGAGUUCUUCCACCCAGUCAGAGAAGUCUCCAAGAAAAGCAGUCCUCACAUCAUCAUUUAUGGAAGUUU